AUGGCUAUGUCCUGCAAGGAUGGUAACAAACAUGGUAUCGACAACGGCAAAUAUGUUCGGUACACACCGGAGCAGGUUGAAGCCCUUGAGCGGCUUUAUCACGAAUGUCCAAAACCCAGUUCCAUUCGUCGUCAGCAGCUUAUCAGAGAGUGUCCCAUUCUCUCUAAUAUCGAGCCUAAGCAAAUCAAAGUCUGGUUUCAGAAUAGAAGAUGUCGUGAAAAACAGAGGAAAGAGGCGUCGCGGCUACAAGCUGUGAACAGAAAGCUUACGGCCAUGAAUAAGCUUUUAAUGGAGGAGAAUGAUAGGCUGCAGAAGCAGGUUUCGCAGCUGGUGUAUGAGAAUGGCUACUUCCGCCAGCAUACUCAGAGUACGACGCUUGGAGCUAAAGAUACAAGUUGUGAACCGGUAGUAACAAGCGGUCAACACAAUUUGACGUCUCAGCAUCCUCCAAGGGAUGCUAGCCCUGCAGGACUUUUGUCCAUUGCAGAAGAGACUUUAGCAGAGUUUCUUUCAAAGGCCACUGGAACUGCCGUGGAGUGGGUCCAAAUGCCUGGAAUGAAGCCUGGUCCGGAUUCCAUUGGAAUCGUUGCUAUUUCUCAUGGUUGUCCUGGUGUGGCUGCACGUGCCUGCGGCCUGGUGGGUCUAGAACCUACUAGAGUUGCUGAAAUCCUCAAGGAUCAGCCAUCAUGGUUUCGCGAUUGCCGAGCUGUGGAUGUUCUAAACGUGCUGCCAACAGCUAAUGGUGGAACCAUUGAGCUGCUUUAUAUGCAGCUCUAUGCGCCUACAACAUUGGCGCCUGCACGGGACUUCUGGUUGUUGCGCUACACUUCUGUACUGGAAGAUGGUAGCCUUGUGAUCUGUGAGAGAUCACUUAAGAACACUCAGAAUGGUCCAACCAUGCCUCCAGUGCAGCAUUUUGUUAGAGCAGAGAUGUUGCCGAGUGGAUAUCUGAUAAGACCAUGUGAAGGAGGUGGUUCUAUCAUUCAUAUCGUUGAUCAUAUGGAUCUGGAGCCAUGGAGUGUUCCAGAAGUAUUGCGCCCACUGUAUGAGUCAUCCACUGUUCUUGCUCAAAAGAUGACUAUGGCGGCUCUUCGCCAGUUGAGGCAGAUAGCUCAUGAAGUUUCACAGUCAAAUGUAACAGGCUGGGGUAGACGCCCUGCAGCCUUACGUUCACUUGGUCAGAGGCUUACUCGGGGUUUUAACGAGGCACUUAAUGGUUUUAACGACGAAGGGUGGUCUGUGAUGGGAAAUGAUGGAAUGGAUGACGUAACUAUUCUCGUAAAUUCAUCUCCUGACAAGCUAAUGGGAUUGAACAUUUCAUUUGCAAAUGGAUUUUCUGCCAUCAGCAACGCAGUUUUAUGUGCUAGAGCAUCGAUGCUGCUGCAGAAUGUGCCUCCUGCAAUUCUGCUGAGGUUUCUGCGGGAGCACAGGUCAGAAUGGGCAGACAACAAUAUUGAUGCUUAUUCAGCUGCUGCUGUUAAGGUUGGCCCAUGGAGCUUACCAGGGUCUAGAGUUGGAAGUUUUGGGAAUCAAGUAAUACUUCCUCUGGCUCAUACCAUUGAGCAUGAAGAGUUUCUAGAAGUGAUUAAGUUGGAAGGCAUUAGCCAUACUCCUGAAGAUGCAAUGAUGCCUAGAGAAAUGUUUCUACUGCAACUCUGCAGUGGAAUGGAUGAAAACGCUAUUGGCACUUGUGCUGAACUAAUCUUUGCUCCAAUUGAUGCCUCUUUUGCUGAUGACGCACCUCUUUUACCCUCAGGGUUUCGGAUCAUACCACUUGAUUCCGGAAAGGAAGCAUCCAGCCCAAAUCGUACACUUGAUCUUGCUUCUGCUCUUGAAAUUGGCCCUGCUGGAAAUAGAGCACCAAACGACUCUGUAAAUUCUGGCUGUACAAGGUCUGUAAUGACGAUUGCAUUUGAAUUUGCAUUUGAGAGCCAUAUGCAAGAACAUGUGGCAUCGAUGGCUCGACAAUAUGUACGUAGUAUUAUAUCAUCGGUUCAGAGGGUUGCAUUAGCGCUCUCACCUUCUCAUUUAAGUUCACAUGCCGGACUGCGAUCUCCACUUGGUACUCCUGAAGCACAGACACUUGCUCGUUGGAUCUGCAACAGUUACAGGUGCUACUUGGGGGUGGAGCUGUUAAAAUCUGGAAACGAAGGAGGGGAGCUUGUCCUGAAAACAUUGUGGCAUCAUUCGGAUGCAAUCAUGUGCUGCUCUCUAAAGUCUAUGCAGGCACUGCCAGUGUUCACCUUUGCAAAUCAGGCAGGCCUGGACAUGCUCGAGACAACCUUAGUUGCACUGCAAGAUAUAACUUUGGAAAAGAUAUUUGACGACCAUGGAAAGAAGACACUCUGCUCAGAAUUUCCACAGAUAAUGCAACAGGGAUUUGCUUGUCUUCAAGGAGGCAUAUGCCUUUCGAGCAUGGGCCGACCUGUCUCGUAUGAAAGAGCUGUGGCUUGGAAGGUGCUGAAUGAAGAGGAAAAUGCACACUGCAUCUGCUUUAUGUUUGUGAACUGGUCCUUUGUCUGAUGCUAGGUUGCCCAAAUGAAGUUGAAAACUUAUUCAAUGUUAGAUUUCUUUAUUAGUUAUUUUGGUUAUGUAAACUUUGGAUCUCAGUAAGAGAGAGAGAGAGAGAGAGAGAGAGACAGACAGACAAUGAGUUGGGCUGCCCCUUCAGUACACUCAAAUCUUUGUUCAUCUGUGUA